AUGAAGGGUACAAUUACUUCACUCGUCUUGCUCGCUCUUGAGCUAACUCUUUGUCUUAUUUCAUCACAUUGGCGUUCAAUCGAUGUUAAUGAUUCGGAAAUAUGUUUUAAAAAUAUUUUUACUCAAUUUAAUACAUCUCCAACCGAACACCAAUAUUUACAUGUUGGUCCAAUCUUUUCAUCACGUAUUACAAAAGUAGAUAAUUUUCCUGAACAUUUUACAUCGGAUCAUGCAAGAAUGGAAACAGGUCUACUUAUAACUGGUAUUGUUCUUAUUGCUAUAUCAGCUAUAACAUUAUCAUCUGUUGAAUUUUGUUCAAAUAAAUCGUUUAUUAAUCGAUAUCGUAUUUGGCUUCAUUUACUCAAUGUAAUUUUAUUAACUAUGAGUUUAAUUAUAUUAAUUGUUGGAUUUUAUUUAUUACAACAUACUUUAAAACAACCAUUGAAUGGUGCAGGUGCAAUAGGAUUCUUUGUUGGAAUUUUAUUUAUAGUUAUGUUGGGUACACAUUCAGCAAUUAAAUUUUGGGGAAAUUAUCACGAUAAAUACGAGACUCAUCAAGUAGUCAAAGUUAUUAUAGGUAUGAAUCCUCAAUGGGAGAUAGUUCGUGGUAAGGUUUUAUCUUCAACAAAUGCUUAUGAUAUAUUUAAUGGAGAUGAAAUACUAGAAGUUUCGAUUGUUGAUGCUUCACGAAUGGAUGUGGCAAGUAUUUUAUUAGGACGUAAAAAAAUACCAUUACAAUCUCAACAAUAUUUUCCUAUUCGAUUUCAAUUCUAUUAUGAUAAAUCACGAGCAGGGCGAGGUUUUAGUGGUCUUACAAUGCAAGCAAGAAUCACGAAUUCAAACGGUCAAUUAUUGUAUAUCAACGAUACUCAUACACCAUUGACAAAUAAUGUAAAAAUUGAUGUUAAACGAAUAUAA